UCAAAGGGCAACUGCCUGACAUUCAAGUGGAGAAUUUAAUACACAUUGGUAAGUUUAAAAUGGCCCAGGGAGCAGACACAGUAGUAACUUAGAGGCAUUUAUUGGUUUCAUGCAAAAAAUAAACCAGAAGUUUGUGUCACACAAGAGGCUGAGAAGCAUGGGCAGGAUGCAGCAGAGAGAGCAAGUCCAGGAACAAGGAAAGGAAGCAGGGUGGGGCUCAGGACUUGUCAAGAUCAGAGCUGAUCUCUUUCCAAUGGGGCAGAGCCCCUCAUUCUGCCGGCGCAGAUGUCUUGUGAGCAUGAAGCCCAUGGACACGGCAGAGGAUCUUGGCAGUUCCUCUUCAAUGGACAGACGUUCCUCCUCUUUGACUCAAACAACAGAAAGUGGACAGCACUUCAGCCUGGAGCCAAGAAGAUGAAAGAGAAGUGGGAGAAGAACAGGGAUGUGACCAUGUUCUUCCAGAAGAUUUCAAUGGGGGAUUUUAAGACAUGGCUUGAAGAAUUUUUGAUGUACUGGGAACAAAUGCUGGAUCCAACAAAACCACCCUCUCUGGCCCCAGGCACAACCCACCCCAAAGCCUUGGCCACCACCCUCAUUCCCUGGAGCCUCCUCGUCAUCCUCCUCUGCUUCAUUCUAGCUGGCUGCUGUGGAGAGUUGUUUAGAGUGACAGGUGGAAGAUGAUAUCAAGAAACCUCUGUUAGCCUCGUCUGGUUCCUGCUCUCCCUUCAGGGAGGCCGCCUGUCUACUCACCACUGUGCCUUUCUGGAAUGCAGGAGUUCAAGCCUUAGCAAGCCCACCGGCCCCCAGCACAUGAUGAGGACAUUGUAGACUCAACAUCUCAUGCCAGUCAUUACCUUUGCUGAUGAUCCUAACAGCCAUUUUUCUUAACAUCUUCUGCCACUUUCUCUCGGUGGUAAUGGAUGGAAUUCCUGCACAAGUUUUAACUGAACAAGAAAUCCCAGCAAAAGGCAUUUUCUUUCUACUUCUUUGAUUGUGGAAAAGCAGACACUUCUCUGAAGCAUGACCUUAUUCUUCCAAACAGUAUUGCUAGUAAAAUAUCAUGCUGGACUUUAGACCUCAGGGAUCCUUUCCAUGCACUGACCAAAAAUUGUGAUAAUCC